CGCUCUGCACAGGCAGCAGUGGAGGACAGUGAUCAGAUCUUUACUGAGCUGAUCCGCUCCAUUGAGAGAAGGAGCUCUGAGGUGAAGGAGCUGAUCAGAGCCCAAGAGAAGGCUCAAGUGAGUCAAACUGAAGGACUCCUGGAGCAACUGAAGCAGGAGAUAGCAGAGCUGAGGAAGAGAAGCACUGAGCUGGAGCAGCUCUCACACACAGAGGAUCACAUCCAUUUCCUCCAGAGUUAUCAGUCUCUCUCCAGUAUCAGUGUAUCUUCAGACUUACCCAGCAUCGUUGUCCGUCCUCUUCAGUACUUUGGAGAUGUGAGUAAGACUGUGUCUGAACUGAGAGAGAAACUAGAAGACUUCCUUAAAGGAGAAUGGACCAAGAUCUCCACUACAGUGAAUAUAGUGGAUGUUGUACUGCCUCCAGAGCCCAAGACCAGAGAACAGUUGUUACAAUAUUCCUGUCAGCUCACACUGGACCCAAACACAGCACACACACACCUCUCUCUGUCUAAAGGGAACAGAAAGGUGACCAAUACAGACCAAGUCCAACCAUAUCCUGACCAUCCAGACAGAUUCACCAACUACUGUCAGGUUCUGUGUAGAGAGGGUCUGUCUGGACGCUGUUACUGGGAGGUGGAGUGGACUGGUGUUGUUUAUACAGCAGUCUCAUAUAAAGACAUCAGCAGAACAGAGACAGAUGGUGGAUUUGGAGACAAUAACAAGUCCUGGAGUUUACAGUGCUAUAGAGGUGGUUAUUGUUUCAGACACAAUAAUGUUGUGACUAAAGUAUCAGGCCCUCAGUCCUCCAGAGUAGGAGUGUACCUGGAUCACAAGGCAGGUACUCUGUCCUUCUACAGUGUCUCUGACACAAUGACCCUCCUCCACAGAGUCCAGACCACAUUCACUCAGCCCCUCUAUCCUGGGUUUAGGCUCUAUAAUUAUUUGUGUCUUACUGGUACCGCUGAGCUGGUUAAACUGUAGUAGGGUCCACAUAGAUACUAGUCAUGCUGGUGUAGUCUAUAGCUGAGCUGGUUAAACUGUAGUAGGGUCCACAUAGAUACUAGUCAUGCUGGUGUAGUCUAUAGCUGAGCUGGUUAAACUGUAGUAGGGUCCACAUAGAUACUAGUCAUGUUGGUGUAGUCUAUAGCUGAGCUGGUUAAACUGUAGUAGGGUCCACAUAGAUACUAGUCAUGCUGGUGUAGUCUAUAGCUGAGCUGGUUAAACUGUAGUAGGGUCCACAUAGAUACUAGUCAUGCUGGUGUAGUCUAUAGCUGAGCUGGUUAAACUGUAGUAGAGUCCACAUAGAUACUAGUCAUGCUGGUGUAGUCUAUAGCUGAGCUGGUUAAACUGUAGUAGGGUCCACAUAGAUACUAGUCAUGCUGGUGUAGUCUAUAGCUGAGCUGGUUAAACUGUAGUAGGGUCCACAUGGAUACUAGUCAUGCUGGUGUAGUCUAUAGCUGAGCUGGUUAAACUGUAGUAGGGUCCACAUAGAUACUAGUCAUGCUGGUGUAGUCUAUAGCUGAGCUGGUUAAACUGUAGUAGGGUCCACAUAGAUACUAGUCAUGCUGGUGUAGUCUAUAGCUGAGCUGGUUAAACUGUAGUAGGGUUCACAUAGAUACUAGUCAUGCUGGUGUAGUCUAUAGCUGAGCUGGUUAAACUGUAGUAGGGUCCACAUAGAUACUAGUCAUGCUGGUGUAGUCUAUAGCUGAGCUGGUUAAACUGUAGUAGGGUCCACAUAGAUACUAGUCAUGCUGGUGUAGUCUAUAGCUGAGCUGGUUAAACUGUAGUAGGGUCCACAUAGAUACUAGUCAUGCUGGUGUAGUCUAUAGCUGAGCUGGUUAAACUGUAGUAGGGUCCACAUAGAUACUAGUCAUGCUGGUGUAGUCUAUAGCUGAGCUGGUUAAACUGUAGUAGGGUCCACAUAGAUACUAGUCAUGCUGGUGUAGUCUAUAGCUGAGCUGGUUAAACUGUAGUAGGGUUCACAUAGAUACUAGUCAUGCUGGUGUAGUCUAUAGCUGAGCUGGUUAAACUGUAGUAGGGUCCACAUAGAUACUAGUCAUGCUGGUGUAGUCUAUAGCUGAGCUGGUUAAACUGUAGUAGGGUCCACAUAGAUACUAGUCAUGCUGGUGUAGUCUAUAGCUGAGCUGGUUAAACUGUAGUAGGGUCCACAUAGAUACUAGUCAUGCUGGUGUAGUCUAUAGCUGAGCUGGUUAAACUGUAGUAGGGUCCACAUAGAUACUAGUCAUGCUGGUGUAGUCUAUAGCUGAGGUGGUUAAACUGUAGUAGGGUCCACAUAGAUACUAGUCAUGCUGGUGUAGUCUAUAGCUGAGCUGGUUAAACUGUAGUAGGGUCCACAUAGAUACUAGUCAUGCUGGUGUAGUCUAUAGCUGAGGUGGUUAAACUGUAGUAGGGUCCACAUAGAUACUAGUCAUGCUGGUGUAGUCUAUAGCUGAGCUGGUUAAACUGUAGUAGGGUCCACAUAGAUACUAGUCAUGCUGGUGGUGAUGGUCCCCAGAUGUGAUGAUUCAUUCUGCUCUGUUUUUAUCUACAAUGAUUUAACUGAUUUGAUCUUCAGAAGAUGUUAUGAAUUAAAAUCCAAUGUUUUCAUAUUUUUGUAAUUGCAAUGUCAUUGGAGAUUGAUUGGUCUUUUUAAUCCACUAUCCAGAGUCAGGAACAGAUGAAGUUAGGUCUGCUACUGUUCAGUUGGUCCUAAUUGAUGUGUUCUCUGUCACCUGGAGCUGAAUGGAAAUAGGUCCAGGAACUAAAGGACAAUUCAGGACUAGUCAGCCCACUACAAGCUGGUAUCACUUACUUUCUACUAAACUAUAUGGACUGGUUUCCCAGACACAGAUUAAUCCUAGUCCUGGACUAAAAAGUAUGUUCAAUGUAGAUGUCCAGGAAACCGGCCCUAAAUGUGUCAUCUUUCAUCCUCCCAUACUGCUCAGUCCAGCAACAUUAAACCUGUCCAGCAGGUGGUGCUAUUGACCAAACAAUAAAACCAGCAGAUAUCUUGACUUGCCACUCAGUAUAUCAGUAAUGUUCAGAAUAGUACUUUAAUAUCAUUGGAGAUUGAUGGUCUUUUUAAUCCACUAUCCAGAGUCAGGAACAGAUGAAGUUAGGUCUGCUACUGUUCAGUGAUUAAAUAUGAUUUAUGGUGAUGGGAAAUAAUAAAAAACACUAAACUUCA